AUGUUUAUGGCAAGGUCGGAAUACGACCGGGGCAUCAACACCUUCUCCCCUGAAGGCCGCCUCUUCCAAGUCGAGUACUCCCUCGAAGCGAUCAAACUCGGCUCGACUGCCAUUGGCGUCGCCACCUCAGAAGGCGUGAUCCUGGGCGUCGAAAAGCGCGUGACCUCGACCCUCCUCGAGACCUCGUCCGUCGAGAAAAUCGUCGAGAUCGACCGGCACAUUGGGUGCGCCAUGUCCGGCCUGCAGGCCGACGCGCGCUCCAUGGUGGAGCACGCCCGCGUGGAAUGCCAGUCGCACUCGUUCAACUACAACGAGCCCCUGCGGGUCGAGAGCUGCACGCAGGCCAUCUGCGACCUGGCGCUGCGCUUCGGCGAGUCGGCCGACGGCGAGGAGAGCAUCAUGAGCCGGCCCUUUGGCGUGGCCCUGUUGAUUGCGGGCUACGACGAGGACGGGCCGUCUCUAUACCACGCCGAGCCUUCGGGGACGUUCUACCGCUACGACGCCAAGGCGAUUGGGAGCGGCAGCGAGGGGGCGCAGGCGGAGUUGCAGAAUGAAUACCACAAGUCCCUCACCAUCGCAGACGCCGAGACGCUGGUGCUCAAGACGUUGAAGCAGGUCAUGGAGGAGAAGCUCGACUCAAAGAACGUGCAACUGGCCAGUGUCACCAAAGACCGCGGCUUCAGAAUAUACACGGAUGACGAGAUGGCUGCCGUGGUAGAGCGGCUGCCAGCCAACUAA